AUGCCUGCUAAAAUUGGUCUAGUUGGUUUGCCUAAUGUUGUUACUCCUAGUACUAUUGAAAUUGUUGACAUUGCUGGACUAGUGAAAGGAGCCGCACAGGGUUCCGGGCUCGGUAAUGAAUUUUUGUCCCAUAUUCGGGAGGUAAAUUUAAUUUGUCAAGUUCUUCGUUGUUUUCCGGACCAAGAAAUAGUUCAUGUCGAAAAAUCAGUUGACCCAAUUCGAGAUUUGGAAAUAAUUCAGUUAGAACUAAUUUGGGCUGAUUUACAGCAAAUAAGGAAGAAAUUAGAAAGGUUAAAAGUGCGAGACGAAAAAUCCCAAAAAGAGCACAAAAUUUUACAACUAAUUCAGGAAAAGUUAGAAAAAGAACUGCCUAUUAACCAACUAAAUUUAACUAAGGAAGAUAAAGAAAUGAUAAAGCCUUAUAAUUUCUUGACUAACAAACCUAUUUUUUUACUGGCUAAUUACAGCGGAAAUGAAGAAGAAAUAAAAGAGUUAGAGAAAUAUGCCAAAGAAAAGCAAUUAUCUUUACUUCCGUUAGCAAUUAAAUUAGAAAAAGAAGUAGAAAAUUUGUCGUCUGAGGAAAAAAAGGAAAUUGAUUGA